AUGGCCAGUUUGGAAGAUCUUAUCCCUACAGCUAACAAGCUGCAGGAUGUUAUGUAUGAUGCUGGCAUUGACACCCUUGACUUGCCCGUACUGGCAGUCAUAGGAUCUCAAUCAUCUGGAAAGUCUUCUAUUUUAGAGACACUUGUGGGCAAAGACUUUUUACCCAGAGGAACAGGGAUUGUCACCAGAAGGCCACUAGUUUUACAAUUGAACAAUGUUGCACCUAAUUCGCCUUUGAUCAAAGAGCACCAUGGGGAGUUUGAAAGUUCCGUAACACACGAAAACAACAAUAAUGGCGAAUUGACAUUGGAGGAUCAUUUGCGCAAAAAACAGGGCUUUGAGUCCAUCGACAGGAGUGAAUGGGGUGAAUUUUUGCAUCUGCCAGGUCGCCGUUUUUAUGAUUUUGCCGAGAUCAGAAACGAGAUUCAAAACGAAACAGCAAGGAUUGCUGGUAAAAACAAAGGCAUCAGUCGCAUUCCCAUUAACCUCAAAGUAUACUCUCCCCGCGUGCUGAACCUGACCUUGGUAGAUUUGCCAGGCAUCACAAAAGUGCCUAUUGGCGAACAGCCCGCCGAUAUUGAAAGGCAAAUAAAAAAUUUGAUUUUGGAGUACGUGGCCAAGCCCAACUGUAUCAUUCUAGCCGUAUCACCUGCAAAUGUUGACUUAGUGAACUCCGAAUCGCUGAAGCUAGCACGAGAAGUGGAUCCACAUGGACGGAGAACGAUAGGUGUCAUAACUAAAAUGGACCUUAUGGAUAGCGGAACCAAUGCACUAGACAUUCUUUCAGGUAAACUUUAUCCGCUGAAGCUCGGUUUCGUUGGUGUGGUUAACAGAUCGCAACAGGAUAUACAAUCUAACAUAAGCGUGGAGGACGCGCUCGAUAACGAAGAGGCCUUUUUCGUUAGACAUCCCGUUUACAGGACAAUCAGCACUAGAUGCGGUACGCGUUAUCUAGCUAAGCUGCUGAACCACAUUCUUUUGAACCACAUUCGUGAUAAAUUGCCCGAUAUAAAGGCCAGGCUGAAUACACUGAUUGGGCAGACAGAGCAAGAGUUACAGACGUAUGGUGGAACGGGCGCUAUAACAAAAGAAAACCGCGCGGGGCUUGUUUUGCAACUUAUGAACAAGUUCGCCGCUCGUUUUGUUUCUUCGAUCGAAGGCACUUCAACAGACAUCGGCACAAAAGAAUUGUGCGGAGGUGCACGCAUAUACUUCAUUUACAACAACAUUUUUGGGAGCUCUUUGAAGUCUAUUAGCCCAACAGAAAAUUUAUCCACUAGAGACAUCCAAACAGCCAUUCGCAAUUCCACAGGGCCUCGUCCUUCACUGUUCGUCCCCGAGCUAGCAUUCGAUUUGCUUGUCAAGCCACAAAUUCAACUUCUUCUGGAGCCCUCUGAGCGCUGUGUUGAACUAGUUUACGAAGAGCUCAUGAAAAUAUGUCACAACUGUGGUACACCGGAAUUGGCGAGGUAUCCUAAGCUCCAGGCCAAGCUGAUUGAAGUUGUUAGUGAGCUUUUGCGAGAAAGACUGGGCCCAACACGCUCAUACGUCGAGAGCCUAAUCGAAAUUCACCGCGCCUAUAUCAACACCAACCAUCCUAACUUUUUGAGUGCGACGGAAGUGAUGGCUGAUAUAGUCGAUAGCAGGAAAGGUGGAAAAACAAAGCCUACGAAAAAACCAGAUUUGGAAGAUGCAAGGCAGUCGCUUGCUAAAGACCUCGCAAGAAAACAUAACGAGGAUAGCUCUCCUACCUUGACUUCCAUAAGUGAUAGCGACAAAAACCGCUCAAGUGAAGCGUUUUCGGAUGAUGACGAAAAUGAAUCCUCGAAGCAGUCCAAGGACUCAUUCUUAAACUAUUUUUUCGGCAAAGACCAGCCAGGAAGCAGCCAAUUGAAUGGCUCUAGAGAUGCCUACAAUUUGGACUCUCACAAAGAGCGCGUCGCUGAGCUCACGGAAUUUGAGAGCCUAAACUUGCAUGAUGGAGGUCAAAACAGUGAGGAUCUGUUGCCUCAAAUGAGUGAAAGAGAACAGUUGGAAUGUGAAUUGAUCAGACGACUAAUUGUUUCCUACUUUGGAAUUGUUAGGGAAAUGAUACAAGAUCAAAUUCCAAAAGCGGUCAUGUGCUUGCUAGUGAAUUUCUCUAAAGAGAUAAUUCAAAAUCGUCUUGUCACAAAACUUUACAAAGAGUCUUUGUUCGAAGAUCUUCUUAUGGAGGAUCAAAAUUUAGCUCAAGACAGGCAAAAGUGCGUCAAGUUACUCGAGACGUAUAAGGCAGCUUCUCACAUUAUGAACGACAUUUUGUAA